GCAACACCUCAUACAACAAACCCCUCCUCCUUCGCCUCAUACCAACUGCUAUACUUAAUAUUCACCCCAUUUUAAUACUAUCAAUAUGAAGGCUCUCAUUCUUGUCGGAGGUUUUGGAACCCGUCUGCGCCCUUUGACCCUGACGCUCCCCAAACCCCUGGUCGAGUUCGGAAACCGGCCUAUGAUUCUGCACCAAGUCGAGAGCUUGGCUGCUGCAGGUGUGACCGAUAUUGUGUUGGCUGUCAACUACCGUCCGGAUGUUAUGGUCUCGACCCUCAAGAAGUAUGAGGAACAAUACAACGUCCGUAUCGAAUUCUCUGUCGAAUCCGAACCCCUGGGCACCGCUGGCCCCCUGAAAUUGGCCGAGAAGAUCCUGGGCAAGGACGACUCGCCGUUCUUCGUCCUCAACUCCGAUAUCAUUUGUGACUUUCCCUUCAAGGAUCUCGCAGAAUUCCACAAGCGUCAUGGUGAUGAGGGAACCAUCGUCGUCACCAAGGUGGAUGAGCCCUCCAAGUACGGUGUCGUCGUCCACAAGCCUCACCACCCAUCGCGCAUCGACCGUUUUGUCGAGAAGCCGGUUGAGUUCGUCGGUAACCGAAUCAACGCCGGUAUCUACCUCCUGAACCCCAGCGUUCUCAACCGCAUCGAACUGCGCCCGACCUCCAUCGAACAAGAAACCUUCCCAGCCAUCUGCAAGGACGGUCAACUCCACUCCUUCGACCUCGAAGGUUUCUGGAUGGACGUUGGCCAACCUAAGGACUUCCUUAGUGGUACCUGCUUGUACCUCAGCUCCCUCGCCAAGCGCAAUCCCAAGCUGCUCGCAUCCAACUCCGAGCCUUAUGUUUUCGGAGGCAAUGUUAUGGUGGACCCGACCGCCAAGAUUGGCAAGAACUGCCGCAUUGGGCCGAACGUGACAGUUGGACCGAAUGUCGUGGUGGGUGAUGGCGUGCGUCUGCAGCGCUGUGUACUCCUGGAGAACAGCAAGGUCAAGGACCACGCUUGGGUCAAGUCGACCAUUGUUGGCUGGAACAGCUCCGUAGGCAAGUGGUCUCGCUUGGAGAAUGUCACUGUUCUCGGUGACGAUGUCACCAUCGCGGACGAAGUCUAUGUCAACGGUGGUUCCAUCUUGCCGCACAAGAGCAUCAAGCAGAACAUUGAUGUUCCUGCCAUUAUCAUGUAAAACCCCCUCACUCUCACGCCGCCACGUCCUCCGAAUACUUCACCUCAAUUCAGCUUCCCUAUACCUCUCUCGACAGUCCUGAUGCAUGGAACCGGAGUCCGUUAUUUCUAUUAUUAUCUAUUAUUACCUAUUAUCUUCGUUUCGAUUCGUCGCCUUCCUCGCGCCUUCGCAAGUCUUGAUGAUCAUGGGGGUGUGCGUGCAUGUGGAUUGACGUCUUUUCUCCUAAGCCUUUUUAGUAGUCAUUUAAAACAUACGUUUCCCCUUUGCCCUAGUUCUAUCUGUUACCACUGGCAUUCAGCCAACUUCCUAUAUUCAUUACUAUUCUCUCUCCCCUCUGACAUGGCAGCU